AUGUCUACAAAGAACGUCGUCAUUAUUGGGGCCGGAGUGGCAGGGCUGACCACAGCACUACUCCUGUCAAGAAAGCCCGGUUACAAAAUCCUGGUGGCCGCGAAACAUAUGCCGGGGGAUUAUGACAUCGAAUACGCUUCACCAUGGGCGGGCGCGAACUACAUGCCUGUUUCCAUGUCCGGGACCGCUGCAGCCGAAUGGGAUAGAAGGACCUGGGGCCCAUUAGCAGACCUUGCAGCCAACCACCCUGAAGCGGGAGUUCACUUUCAGGAAUGUCACAUCCACACCCGGGCAAAGGACAAAGGCUCCACAACGGCAAACUGGUUUUCCGAGUUGUUGUCGCCCAACCCGUGGUUCUCAACGGUUGUUCCAAACUUCCGAUCUCUACCAAAGGAGUCACUCAGACCUGGGAUAGACUCCGCUACGUCCUUCACCUCCGUCUGUAUAAACACAGCGAUUUACCUCCCCUGGCUCGUCUCGCAGUGCCUAGCCAACGGGGUGAUCUUCAAGCGCGCCCUAUUCGAGCACGUCCUCGAUGCCAGCUACCCAAACUUCCACCCAUAUGGAACGGCGGACAUCAUCGUAAACUGCACGGGCUUGAUGGCGUCAACGCUCGGGGGCGUCCAGGACAAAACCGUUGUUCCCGCGCGAGGCCAGAUUGUCGUUGUGCGCAACGCGGCCCCAAACAUGGUCAGCAUGUCUGGUACUGACGAUGGCGAUGCUGAAACCUGCUACAUAAUGACCCGUGCUGCUGGCGGGGGCACAAUUCUGGGCGGCUCAUAUCAGAAGGGGAGCUGGGAGUCCCAGCCAGACCCGAGCCUUGCUGUGCGGAUUAUGGAGCGGGCUGUGGAGGUGUGUCCGGCAUUGGCGGGUGGUAAGGGCAUUAAGGGCUUAGAUGUUAUAAGGCAUGCUGUUGGGCUGCGUCCUGUGCGUGAAGGUGGGAAUCGCAUUGAGAGGGAACAGAUUGGCGGCGUAUGGGUUGUGCAUAACUACGGGGCUGGGGGCGCUGGGUAUCAGUGUUCGUAUGGCUGUGCGCAGGCCGCGGUUGAUUUGGUUGAUGAAGUUGCUGGGUUACGUGCUAGAUUGUAAGGCAAGUCUAGAACAUGUAACGAAUAUAUAACAAUCAUUCGUUGAAUAUCGACAAAAAACAGGUUGGGCCAUUGAGAUUGUCUUACACUGAACCACCGCACCGUUCAACAGCGCAGCACAAAUACGGCCUCUAGACGAAUCUCUGCUUUACAGUGUGUAUCUCUAUUCAGGAGCAAGAAUCACUCCCAGCAACAAACGUCCCAUCCGAGUUCUCACACCCACACUCUCCCGAAUUCGGGUCCUUGAUGCAAGUCGUUCCAUACCCACUCUCCUCCCCUUCGCUACCCCAGUAGAAGACCCAGUAAUCGGAGUCCUCCUCGAGGGCAUCGCUAGCGGGCGCUUCACAGGUAUACGCGCUGCAAGUACCGUAGGGAGCACCGUUGUUCUCGUCGUACUGGUGGUCGGUCUGGAAGACGGCGAAGGUCUGGGUUUCGGAGGUGCGGGUGUUGUGCGAGCACUCGGCUGCC